AAAAAAAACUCCCGGCAUGGAAUUUCAUGAAAAUGUUUCACAGUAGAUAACUAUUUUUCAAUAAGUCGUACAUAACAAUGUUAAUUUGUUUUUACAUUUGGAGUAACCAUUCAAUAUAAGAGCUUGUUUUAUUUUAAACCUUUUUAAAAAGAAAAGGGAACGCAUUUUGGAAAAAAUUAAUCUUAAUGAGAAAGUUUUUUGUUUUGGUUUGGUAUGAGGUUCGUAUAAGAAACCAAUAAAAUUAGUUGUUUGUAUGAUCGAGUUGAAUUUGUUCAUUAUUUUGUCGAAGAGAGAUUUUAACCGAGUAAACAAUUUUUUUCUUUUUUUUUGUUGAAAAAAAUGUCUUGUAAUCAAUUUCUACCACUUCAAAUGUAUAUGGGCCACUCAACAGUUACAGCUGGGUGUCCUAAACGUGUUCGACGAACCGUAAAGACUGAUUCGAAUACGCAUUGUUUACAAAAAAGUAUGCAAUGUUUUUAUGUCAAGUCACCGCAACAAAAAAUUGUUCAACAUUGUCCGAUCAACGAUUCCUUAUUAAUUGGCAAUACUUCUUCUAAACAAGUAGAAAAGAAUACUUCUUUCCAAUACAAUGUUGAGCAAGAUUGUAAUUGUUAUAAAAGUAAAAAAAGUUCAGAUAAUCAAGGAGUGUGCAUGACUGUAAAUAAGCCGCACUUUUCCCUGUCGUGUGUUUCAAAUUCUGCACAACCAACAUGUCAUACCCUAGCAAAAUGUUUCCCUCCUCAAAAGAAUUCAUGCCGUAAAAGGUCAUUCCAAGAUUUAAGAAACUAUUUUCGACCGUGUAACCCUAUCAACAAACUAUCGCUUGUGAACGCAUCAACCACGCUACAAGAUUUCUCGUCUACCUUUAAAGAAUGUUCGGAAGAGAAUUUUAUCAGAAAAAACACUUCGCAGGUGUCAAGCCAGGAAAAUGGAGAGAGUAUUCCGAUAUCGGAUUUGGAUGGAACGAUGGAGAAGAGUUCUAAAGAUAAAUCGUUUAUGACAGUUGAUAUUGUUGAACCGUGUGCAGAAGACAAGAAUGAUUACCCAUCUUCAAUGCCUGACGCUCCAGUUAUAGUGUCCCCAAAACGUUCUUGUCUUCCUGUGGCCGUAUCCAAAAUGCGUUCUGAAAACUCCGAAUAUUUGUUGAAUCAAAUGUGUCAAAAUGAUGUGAGGUGGAAAAAUGACGAACGCUAUUAUUAUAUGAAUGUAUUUUUAUGUAAAAAUAUUCAAGAUGCGAAUACGAUGGUCGCAUGUCCUAAUUAUUUUAAAAAUUAUAAAAAAUGUCUUUACGGAAAAAAAGUUUCAGCGGCUUCUAGACGCCUUGUUUUGCAAUGUAUUGUCGAUUUAGGGCGUGGUAUUGCCACACCUAUUAGUGAUUUUUCAAUUCAUAUGGCAAUUAAUUUAUUUGAUCGUUACUUAAGCCAUUUAGGUCGUUGCAAAAGUACAAAUAUAAAGGAACGCGUGGCAGCAUCUAUUGAACUUGUUGGAGCUGCUUGCCUUUAUAUUUGUUCCAAAGUAGAAGAUUCUUGGUGUUUAAGCUUGAGUGAUAUCUGUAAAGUUUUUGAUAAUGGAUUAGAACGCGGUCGACAAGAUGUUUUACAUUGGGAAAUUCAAAUUUCAAGAGAAUUUGAUUUCAUGUUUUAUUCUCCUACAGUUUUAGACUUUAUGUAUAAAAUGGUAGAAUUAUCAUCCCAACCUCUUAUGGAUUAUAUUCAGAAACAAAAUAUUUGUAACGUUAAAGAAGAAAAAGAAUGUUUUUUAAAAACAUCGACAUUGAAUGAAAACGUUCAUAAAACGACUGAAGAAAGUUGGAACAGUGAAUCUUUAUAUUACGUAGCAGGGAAUGGACAAAAAGGAUUCAGUUCUCCAACCCAUUUUCAAAAAAAUCAUUCUUUAGGCGAAUGGAAAAAUUUAACGCUAGUCGAAUUUAGUGAACGACUUGCAGCUGAAGCAAAUUCCAUUGCUGAAUUAAGUUUAUUACAUCACACAUGUAUAGGAAUACCUGUUCACCUUAUUGCAGCCGCAGCUUUACUUGUUGUUAUUACGCAACGUUUUUAUCAACAAAAAUCAAUAGAAAAUUUACCACAACCUGUACGUGCACUCCUUGGUAAAGAUCGUCGUCGCUUAACGCGUGUUGUCGCUAUGAUUUCAGCUGUUAUUGAAGAAGGAAAUCUAUUAACUAAAAACGUUAUGUAAUUUUUUUUAUUAAAAGCAGGAGUGUAAUGUUCUGUCCAACAAUGUUUUAUUUUUAAACCUUAUCAAAACCUAACAGAGUUGUUAUUUUAAA